AUGAGUGUAAAAACAUUUGGCUCAUAUUCAUUGUCCACGACAAGAUUGGUUCUGGUUCUAAUAUGUCUUGUUGAAUACGUUCAAAUAUCAAAUGGCUACGUAUUUUGUGGAUACUAUCGGGCAAAUAGUCCAUGGCCUUACUUAAAACAGUGCCCAUUUAUUUGCUGCCCUUUAACAGCAGACACACAAGAAAAUACAGCUUGUUGCAAUAUGACAAUUGCACAGUCACCACUAACAACAACAAUCACAAUAUUUGGACACCAUUGGUGGACUUUUUUACUUUUCAUUUUGUGCUUUGUCCUAGCAUUCAUAUUAUUAAUUCAUAUAAAUAAACGUUUGCACGUAUUUAAUCAUUGGAAACAUUUUAAUGCAACAAUUAAUCCUUCAGCAGCAUUUACAAUUUCAGCAAAUGAUUCAAACAGCUAUACGAUUGAGAAGGAUUCCCCUAAAGAUGAUACAAUUAUUUUAGAGCAACAUCCGCCAUGUUAUAAUGAUGCAACUACAUCAAAUCUACCUCCCUACACAUCAGUUUACCCACUGAAAAAAGCAGACUUGAAAUAA